UCUUUUUUUUUUUGGGGCAGGGCUGAGCUCUAGAGAGAGACUCAGACACACAGUGACUCCAGUGCUGUUUCCUGCUGCCUGGGUGAGAGUCAAGAGAUCACCACUACACAACACUUUACAAAAUGGCAAACAAAGGACCAUCCUACGGACUGAGCAGAGAAGUCCAGAUGAAGAUUGACCUGAAGUACGACCCGGAGCUGGAGAUCAUCCUGGUGCAAUGGAUUGUUGCUCAGUGCGGCACUCAGUUCGGCGAACCCGAGGAGGCUGGGAAAGUUGGCUUUCAGAAGUGGCUGAAGGACGGCGUGAUCUUAUGUCACCUGAUCAACUCCCUGGCUCCGGGUUCAGUGGCCAAAAUCCAGACCUCCAGCAUGGCCUUCAAACAGAUGGAGCAAGUGUCCCAGUUCCUGAAGGCCAGCGAGAAAUACGGAAUACUGGCUGCUGACCAAUUCCAGACCGUCGACUUGUGGGAAGGAAAGGACAUGGCCACCGUCCAGCGGAAUUUGAUGAACUUGGGCAGUUUAGCCGUUACAAAGGGCGACGGGCAUUUCAAAGGAGACCCCAACUGGUUCCCCAAGAAAUCCAUGGAGAACAGGCGCGGAUUCACCCAAGACAAAUUAAAAGAAGGCCAAAGCGUCAUCGGUCUACAGAUGGGCACCAACAAGGGCGCCUCCCAGUCCGGAAUGACCGGUUACGGCAUGCCCAGGCAAAUCCUCUGAACACCAAAAAAGACCAACAAGAAAACCCCCCAUGGCCAGAAUCGGGACACGUCAAGCACUCAUCUCCUAGCCGUCUCCUCUCUCUGCUCUUCAAGGACACCGUCUCGGCCUUCGCUCAACGUGAUCGGCAAGACGGAAGAGUCCAAUCCUUUCUCAUCGGUUGUCCUCCAUUGCAUGUGAUUGUUUAGACCAGGAUCAAAAAGAAGCCUUUUUUGUUUUUAUUAUGUCCACCAGGGGGGGAAAUUUAUUUAAUUGUGAGGGGGGGGGGGUGUAGGAUUUUUUUUUUUAAGUUUUUUGGGUGUUCGGCAAUGCCUUAACAUUCCACAUGUGCCUGCUACUUUUUUUUUAUAGUCUUGUGACCAAAAUUAAGCCUUACGAUAAAGUUGUGUUUUUUUUUUUUCUUUUUAACGAUUUUGUUUGGUUUCUGAUUUUGUGGCCGGUGAUAUUUCCCCAUGCUGCUUUACAAAGCUUAUCGCGGUCGCUGGCGGUGAAACCAGAAUUGGCGCAAAUAAAAGAGAGAGAAAAAAAAAAGGGAACAAGAGUUUUAGCCGUAGAUUCGUUCUUGAUAAAAAGGACUGGGGUGGGACCUUCGCAUCCUUUUUUGGUUCUGCUGUCUGAUCUCCAGAUCCGUUACUGAAAAAUAUAUUUCUGAUCCGAAUAAAGACCAAUCUAUGUUUAUAAAA